AAGAAAAUUUGAGAAUUUUUUUUCCAUUUCCAAUAUACAAUUAAUUGGAUUGGAAAUGUGGGGAGCAAUUGGGUUGUUAAUUAUGGUGGCAGUGGCCACCAAUUAUGUGAUCCAAUAUUUUCACAAACGGUACAACUACCAUCCCAAGUGCAACGGCGGCGGCGCUCUGCCGCCGGGCUCCUUCGGCCUCCCACUCGUCGGAGAAACUCUCAGCCUGCUCGCCGCCAGCCAUUCCUUGGACCUCCACCCAUUCCUCUCCAAAAGAUUUCAAAAAUAUGGGUUGGUUUUCAAGACGAGCAUAGCAGGAAGGGCAACAAUAGUAAGUGCCGAUCCGGAGCUGAACCACCACCUGUUCCUGCAAGAAGGGCGGCGCGUGGAGCUAUGGUACCUCGACACCUUCUCCAAUCUCUUCGCGCAGGACGGCGAGAGGCGGACCAACGCCGCCGGCGAAGUCCACCGAUACAUCAGAGGCCUCACCUUGAACCACUUUGGCGCUGAAUCCAUUAGGGCUCGACUCCUCCCUCCGAUGCAACAAACUGUACGCGCCGCACUCGACGCCUGGUGCGCCGCCCCCGGCUCCGUUGAGCUCAAACAUUCUAUUUCAAUGAUGGUUUUCAACUUCACCGCGAAAAUAAUGUUUGGGUAUGAAGGUGAAAAGUCGCAGAAAAUCCUUAUAAGUGAGAGGUUCACACACUUUGUAAAGGCUAUGGUUUCCUUUCCGGUGAACAUACCCGGCACCACCUUCUAUAAAGUUAUGAAGGAGAAGGAGAGGAUUAUGGAUAUGAUCAGAGAGAGGGUGAGGGAAAAAGGAGGAGGGAACGGCGGUGGGGACUUGCUUGAUCAGGCCCUACAAGACAUGCGGGCCCCACAUGCCGCCGCCUUCUUGAACGAGGACUUCAUAGUUCAGGUGGUAUUUUCAGGUUUAUUUGCAAGUUUUGAGUCCAACUCUACCACCUUAACCCUGGCUCUUUAUUUUCUCUCCCAAAAUCCGGACGCUCUGGAGGAGCUUAGGGCCGAACAUGAUUCGAUCAUAAACAAAAGAGAGAAUCCAAAUUCAAAUAUUACUUGGGAUGAAUUUAAAUCCAUGACAUUUACACUUCAGGUGAUCAAUGAAACAUUAAGGAUCGCAAAUACAGCUCCGGGACUGUUAAGAAGGGCCACAAAAGAUAUCAACUUCAAUGGGUACUCAAUCCCCGCGGGUUGGACGAUCAUGAUUGCUUCUUCUGCUCAUCACCUAAACCCCAACACCUUCAAAGAUCCUCUUGCUUUUAAUCCAUGGCGUUGGAAGGGCCUUGAUUCGAGUGCGGUGUGCAAGAAUUUCAUGCCGUUUGGGGGAGGGAUGAGACAGUGCGCGGGAGCGGAGUUCAGCAGGGCUUUUAUGUGUGCGUUUUUGCACGUUUUAGUGACCGAAUAUGAAUGGAAUUUGGCCAACGAUACUUCAAACAUUUCUCGAAUGCCUUUCUUGAGUUUUGGAGAUGGUGUGCACAUUAACAUUCAUCACCAAAACAAAAAAUAGUAGUAAUAUUUGUUGAGGGGAAUAAAGUAUUGUACAAAAAGAGUUUGAUCUGGUGAACUUUGUAUUCUCAUGAAUUGCAACUACAAUAAUUUAUCGAAUUGUUU